GUACUAUGUGUCAUGUAUCUAACAACAUGAAAACAUGUCACCAAGAAAAAGAACCUCAGAAAGAAAAAAACACGCACUCUCACGUUGUCUUCCUGAGUUGUUUCUCUUUGUCCGUAUACUCCAUUAUACGGUCCCGCCAUUUUCCUUUCCUUUCCUUUCAUUCAUCACUCUCCCACCAACACAAAACAAAAAGCAAACCAACUUGUCUUAACAUUAACAUAUGUCUCCAUCAACCUCACCAACUUACCCUCCCUAUCAAAUUCUCAUUCUUCUUCUUCCUCCAAUUUUCACCACCACCACCUUUACUUAACUAGACAUCGAUCUCACUCUCACUCACUCACUCCUUUAAUUAAUGACCAUCACCAACCAACCUCUUUUAGUUUUACCCCACUUUAAAAUCCUCACUUCCUUUCAAUUUUAGCGCCACCCCCUCCCAAACAUGACUCGCCUUUUCCGAUCCAAAUCAUGUGGACUCGCCGCCACCGAGCUCAACCCACCACCACCACCGGCGGUGUAUAUUCAAAAAGUGAAGGAUGAUGAAGAAGAAGAGUUAGAGUGUGAUGAUGGCAUUAGAGGCAACCAAACACGGCAUAGCCAGCAGCAGCAGUUUGCGAUAUUGGAUGUGGUGGUGGGAGUGCUGAAGAGGUCGCUGGUGACUUGCAGUGUGGUGGAGGAGGAGAUGGAGGAGGAGGAGGAAGAUUCGUCGUCGUCGAAGUUGGAUAUCAGCUGGCCAACCGAUGUGCGCCACGUGUCUCACGUUACCUUUGACAGGUUCAAUGGCUUUCUGGGUUUGCCCUCAGAGUUUCAGCCAGAAGUGCCCACCAGGGUUCCUAGCGCAAGUGUUAAAGUAUUUGGAGUUUCUGCAAAGUCAAUGCAGUGCUCGUAUGAUGAUCGGGGGAACAGUGUCCCAACGAUUCUGCUGACAAUGCAAAAGCAAUUAUAUUCAGAGGGAGGCCUUAAAGCAGAAGGAAUAUUCCGUAUCAAUGCUGAAAAUAGCCAAGAAGAGUUCGUUCGCGAUCAGUUAAACAGAGGUGUAGUGCCACAUGGCAUUGAUGUUCAUUGUUUAUCUGGUCUGAUGAAGGCUUGGUUUAGAGAGCUUCCAACUGGGGUACUUGAUUCUCUUACCCCGGAGCAGGUGAUGCACUGCUAUACUGAAGAGGACUGCACUAAUCUUGUGAAGUUACUGCCUUCAACAGAAGCUGCACUGCUUGACUGGGCAAUCAAUUUGAUGGCUGAUGUUGUUGAAAAUGAAAAAAUUAACAAGAUGAACGCACGCAACGUUGCUAUGGUUUUUGCCCCCAACAUGACACAGAUGGCAGACCCUUUGACUGCAUUGAUUCAUGCAGUGCAAGUUAUGAACUUCCUCAAGACAUUGAUUUUGAAGACAAUUCGAGAAAGAGAGAAACAAAUCACUAAUGGGAGAUUGCUUUCACCGACCAUGUAUUCUCCCUCCUGCAAUAAUGAUCCUCCUCCUGUCAAAUUUGACAGAGAGGAAUCUUGUGAGCAAAUGAAGGAUUCUUGUGACACAAAGGAACCUGCUAUGAAAAGAAAAUUCUCGAGGACAUCCACGUUAGGAAGAAUAGAAUGCUGCGUUGAGAAACUUUGGAGCUCUGAGGAAAAGGGAAAUGGAGAAGUAUUCAAAUCUGUUUCAGGUGGUAGCAUAACUUCUAGGUAUGAGAAUGAGACUAGUCCUUUAGAAAGUAGUUAUAGAAGUAGAUAUGACAGUGAACAUUGGCUGAGAUUGAGAAAAGGAGUACGUAAGCUAUGGAGGCACCCUGUGUUUCAAAUAAGCAAGCCAAGUAGAAGCCUCCAAGUCUUGGAGGUAGUGAAGAAGCUUGGGCCUAAAAAUGCUUCUACGUAACCGCGAGAUGUGGCAUGAUGGUUGCUGACAUCGCCCUUCAACCAUGAGGCCAGGGGUUCGAUCCUUGCUCAUGAGAAUGGAACACAUUUCUUGGUUAGUCUUUUACCACUUAGUGUCUGCAUCCGCAACAAGAGGAUUAGUCACUGUUGCCAGUGGUGGAUACACUAGUCUCAACAAAAUUAAAAAUGCUUCUACAUGCCUUGUUUUGAUGGCUUGUUUGACUGAGAUAGAUGUCAGUGAGGUUGUACUCAGCAUAGUUUCAGUUGUAAGUUAAUAGCUGCUUGGGUUUUUAGUAGAAUGUAAGUUAAUGACAUGAUUAAAGACGUUAGCAAAGCCUCUUCCAAAUGAUUGCUCUAUAGAA